GACCAAGACUCCCACCAAACCCAAUUCCUUUUCUUCAUAAAUUAAGAAGACUUCUACUCUCUCUCUCUCUCUCUCUCUCUCUCUCUCUCUCUCAAUUUUGUUUUCCAGUUUAUCAUCUUCUCUAAUAACGCCCCGCGAAUUGCGAGUCAUGGUUACAAAGGAUCCGGAGAUCUGUGCAAGAACAAGGCUUGAACUUGAGCUCAGAGAAUACCUUUCAAAUCCCCCAACAAACAUCAGUUUUGGGCCUGUGAGUGAUGAAGACAUGUUUCAUUGGCAAGGCAUCAUAAUCGGCCCUGUGGACACCGCUAUCGAAGGUGGUCUUUUCCAUCUCUCAAUCCGAUUCCCCGUUGAUUACCCUUUCAAUCCUCCAAAAGUACAGUUCCAAACUCAGGUUUUUCAUCCAAAUAUAGACGUGAAUGGCAGAGUUGGUAUCAGGAUACUAGGAGACCAGUGGAGUGCUGCUCUGUCCGUAGAGAAGUUGUUACUUUCCAUAAGUUCAAUUCUCCUUGAUCCGAUUGUAUUAGACGGUCACUAUCCAGUAUCAGAUCUUUAUUGGUAUGAGAGGAAUUAUUGUUCCAGCAAGAAAACAACAAGAUUGGAAAAACAGCUAUUGAGAUGCUGGUCAAGAAUCAAGCUACUUCCCAUGAUCAGAAAUCAAAGUGAUAGAUUUAAGUCCGGAAGAAGAUAAAUGAUGUCCCCGCGCUGCUGUCUAUCGAUAUUAAUGAGCAUAAAUGAUUUUGUAGUGUUUUUCAUUAGCCCUCAAGUUAUAUUUAGUCUGUGCUAUGAUCUUCGUCUUUUACCACUGCAUUAUCAAACUGAAGAUUGGCAUCUUUAACUAAAUGUGGACUGUAUAUACUGUUCGUAGCUGCCUAGUGGAUACUAUUUUGUAAUUGGUAUCAGACAAAAGGCUUACAAUUAGAAUCUAGUAAUUCCAAAACCUUUGGAUUAUUUUA